AUGAUGUUACCUAAAUGCCUAAUUAAACCAAUAACAAUUGCUUUGUUCAUAGCUUUUUCUUUUGCCUAUGAUGAGGAAAAGUACCAAGACUUGCCCCUUGGAUCCAUCCAUGAUGCCUGUCAACCCUCCCUCCUGGGUCUCCAAGAAUAUACUGGUUUCCGUAUCCAACACCAAAUUUCUUUGGACUACCCGUUUGAUCACCAUACCCGUAUCACUCGGUGUGUACGUAACGAAGUCAAUGGCUGGGACUCAUACUUCCCAAUGAACCGCAAUCAAGACAUCAAGUGGGGCCAUAGGUUCUGUACAUCGCAUCAUAACCAUGACGGUGCUUGCUACAUUUUGGCACGUCGUAAAGUAGCUGCACAGAGAAAUAGUGCCUUAUUUUAUCAUGGUGACUGGGUCGGAGGUAUCUUCCGAUGCCCUGGUAAUCUUGAUGAUAACCACAUUCCCUGCACUAACGAAAAUGCAAUGCCACUUUUCCCUCUCUAUGCUGACGAACCAUUCUUUGAAUGGGAAGACUUGCCCGACUUGCGACACUUGAUUCGCCGUGUUCCCUUACUUGUGACUCUUACUGAAGGUGGUGUCCCUCAUGCGGAUAUUUACAGAAAAGCCCCAUACAAUUGGUGGACUUAUAUCGACAUUCAUGAGUCCUAUACUUUUGACAAUGACGAGCGCAACAUGUUACGUCUAGCUCUAGACUUUAUGGCCAAUGGAUACUAUUUUCUUACCAAUUCAUAUGUAGGUCUCUUUUUUGUCCCUUUGACAGAAGAUUAUUAUGCCGAGUUUGGUGACGGUAGACCUCGCAGAAACACUUACAUGACUGCCGACAGACAUCCGUUUGAAGCUGAAAAUUGGACCAAGGAGCCUCCCUUUUUUCGCCGUCACAAUUUUGAAACCGAGCGACUUGUAGCUGUUAUUGAUGAUGAUGACAUUGAAAUUAGUUCAUUUAUGUCCUCAAACAGCUUGUCCAUUUCAACGUCACAAAUUUUGAAAACAUAUGGAUUUAUUCCCAAAGAUGUUCUUAAUGAUUAUAAAAAGAACUUGACUGUCAAGUUUGAAGAGGCUAUUCGUCAUGAAGAUCCAAUGUUUUCACAUCCUCCUCCUCCUACAAACAUUGACGAGUUUCUUGACAAUUCUUAUUAG